CUUCCGGACGCCACCUGAAGGCAGCACGGAGCCAGCAUCCAGCACAUCACAGUGACGUCCUGUGCGGAUGCAGACGACAGAUGCCCUUACAGUCUCCACGGCAAGCUUCUUUCUGUUUUCUUCUUAUGUAAAGGAAAAAGAAAAAAGAAAAAGAAAAACAGGGGCGUUUUAAAGCCUGGAAGAGUCAGCAGCGAGAAUGCAGAAGAGCUCAGUGGUCGUGGUGGCGGAUAAAACGAGCCUGAAAAGGCCGUUUAUUUUCGCUAACGCUGUACAUAUGGCUUUGUGUUUUUUCAUGUUGAGGAUGACUGUUAUUUGGCAUAGGGACCUCAUACAAACUGGCAAGAUGAUUCCCAGCAUUUCUGUAGCAAUGAUGUAUGUGAUCGAGGUUGGCUGCCUGCUGCUGUCUGUGCUCGGUGUGUUUGGGGCCUGCAAAGGGAAGCGAUGGUGUUUGAUUCUGUACGCAGCCGGGAUGGCGGCGGCCAGUCAAACAAUAAUCAUCAGAACGGCACUGAGUUACCAAGAUGUUUACGAGAAGCGUGUUGUGCGUGAGGAGUCCAAGCUGCUGGCCAUGAUGCCGCUCACUGCGCCAAACAAAGCCAACAGGACGUUACUACAUAAUAUCCAAGAGGAAUUGGAAUGCUGCGGUCUCAUUGAAGGGUACAAGGACUGGGGUGCAUCCAUCCCCGCCUCCUGCAACUGUCACUAUCCAGGAAAAUGUGUUCGACUACGGGGCAGCGCCACUAUCGGGGCGCCGAAGAACCAGUAUGUUUAUCGAGAGCCUUGCCUGCCGAUUUAUCUCUCCGAACUGAAGCUGGCCUUCUCCUUGGUGAUGGCUAUACAGUUUGGGAGCGGAGUAUUCUGGAUCAUCUUACUCGCCAUGAGCAUCAAGCUGAUGGGACAGAUCAAAAGGAAACAGGAAUUUAUAUCUCUCCUCCAGUCCAACAGAUACGUUCCUGGCGCUUUCUAGAGGCAGCAGUACGUCUUAAAACACACACACACACACACACACACUUUACAAACUCCUGCAAGCGUACGUGGUUUGAAUUGGCACAUGGAGCUGCAUACCAUAGCCAGGCUAUAAUGUGCUGUAGCAAUAUAUGUUAUGAUUUUAUACAUGUUACUGCAUGUAACUAAUGUUUGAAAAGUGAUCUACAUGGUUAGAUUAAUAUUAUUAUAUUACUGUUUGAAGCCUUACUGCUGUAAAACAAAGCAAUUUUACUUGUAUUUACAUGAUAUUCACACUUUUACAUGCUUCCAUCAUAAAGAAGAUUGUGCUUUCAAAGGAUAUUUUGUCAAGUAAGUUGUUUUUCUGGUGCUUUUCCCCCCCCCCUUGGGAAAUGUAACGAUGUUCCUUAAUAUUUUUUUUAAGUUCAAUAUGCACAUAAUUACUUUUUUUUUUUCAUUUGUUCAAAAAUGGUCUGACAUUUAUUGAUUAUUUUCUCAUUUUCUGUAUUCCAACCUUCCGAGAUUAAUUCAGUGUUUUGAACAGGUUCAGUACUGCAGUAGACACUGCUUGUUAUAAAAACUGGGAUUCGAAACUGUAAAAUUAUGACUGCGGUUUUCUGCGCUCUCCCAAGUUAUAAUGAUGUUUGGUGAAGAAAGAUGUAUUUUAAAUGUACUUAGCUGCUUGAAAACCCUUUGGAAAUCCUGUAAUAUAUUGAUUCAUAACAUCUAUAGCUCUAAAACAUGUUCAUAAAUGCUCUCUAAGGAAAAGCUUUCUUCAAAGCCGUUACGCUAUAGGUAGAUACGCCAAACAGGAAGUGAGGUUAAGGUGUUAAUCAAGCACAAAUAUGCCCUUUUGUGUUGCUGCUUCCUUCUUCUCUUCCUUAUAAUGCUUUUAUUUUUGCGUGCGGGUUAGGUUCUUAGUAUAUACCUGACCACUGUAUAUAGGUAUUUUUCAUAUAUUCACAGAACUGGGCUAAAAAGGAAGGACAUUUGAGCUGGAAAAUUAUAGUUUUUUGCCAUUAAAAAUGUGUAGGAACCCUAUACUUACUAUAUAAUAUAUUAUCUCAAUCCAGUUGAUUCAGAGGCUAUCUAACAUUUUAUCAAAAACACUGCAGUAUUUAUUUAUUUAGUUUUCCAAGCCCGAUUGGUGCAUCUUGAGCAGCUUUCAACAACCUCACUGUAUACCAAAAAUUGUGUUCUUGUAUUAUAUGCAAUUUUUUUUUAAAAAUAGAAAUUAGAUGAACUUCCACAUGCACACACGAUGCACUUUUUGUCUUUUCUUUCCCCAUUUGUUUCACUGUUUGUGAUUAAAAAUGGACUCUAACUUAACAUGUCAUCUGCAAUACAAUCAGUUAUGAAAAAGAUGAUUUCUUUUGUCACUUAAGCACAUAUGAAACUGCAUUAGAGUGAACAAUAAUCAUUGGAAAAUAUUAAUAUUUAUAAGCUUCUUUCAGCACCUUUUU